AGCGCUAACAAGACAGACGCAGAGAGGGAGUAAAAAGAAGAAGAAGAGAGGGAGGGUGGGUGGAGAGCUGGAGAGAAUUGGCGCUGAAGUGUGAGCGAGAGAGAGCACGCAGAACACAGCGUGCAAGUGUCUCCUCUAACCAUUGGCACUCUGAUACAUUUCAAAGCCUCGCACCUUGCAGUGAAGCAUCUGACAGAACUUGGGUAGCAUCUGAGACUUGUACUCGAGCAGACGGCCGAACGAAUGGGCUUUUAUUCAAGGAGCAACAGUUCAGAAGGACUCAUCUGAGGCGGCUGUAAUUGAGGAUGAAUUUCUGAGAGACCUGCUGGGUAAGAAGGAUCCAAAUAGUGACUUAAGAUUUAACAACUGCCCAGAAAGCCAAAAAGGCACGGGAAAUUCACAAUGGAUGAAUGUCCUUGGAUUUGUUGGCAGUGCUGAUCUGUUUCUCAGUUUGCUGGUGCAUUUGGGUCUCUGAGAUUCUGCUUUAAGAGGACGAGUUUGUAAGGAGUUCUGGUACAGUUCUGUUCCACGCUGGACCACACAACCUAUCUGCAGGAGGUCUGGAGAUCAUGGGGAAAUCAAACAGCAAGCUCAAACCUGAGGUGGUGGAGGAACUAACCAGAAAGACCUACUUUACAGAAAAAGAAGUUCAGCAAUGGUACAAGGGCUUCAUAAAAGAUUGUCCGAGUGGUCAGCUUGAUGCUGCAGGUUUCCAGAAGAUCUACAAACAGUUCUUCCCCUUCGGCGACCCCACCAAGUUUGCCUCAUUUGUCUUCAAUGUUUUUGAUGAGAACAAGGAUGGACGGAUUGAGUUCUCAGAGUUCAUUCAGGCCCUGUCUGUGACCUCACGUGGGACUUUGGAUGAAAAGCUCCGCUGGGCCUUCAAGCUUUAUGAUCUUGAUAACGAUGGCUAUAUCACACGUGAGGAAAUGCUCAAUAUCGUAGAUGCAAUCUAUCAGAUGGUGGGAAACACAGUGGACCUUCCAGAAGAAGAAAACACGCCGGAGAAGAGAGUGGAUCGCAUAUUUGCCAUGAUGGAUAAAAAUGCUGAUGGGAAGCUGACCCUGCAGGAGUUCCAGGAGGGAUCAAAGGCAGAUCCCUCUAUUGUCCAAGCUCUGUCACUCUAUGAUGGCCUCGUAUAGUAACAGGUACGGCAAAGGAUCCAGUGCGGUGCCAUCCCACAAUGCCAUUCAAGAUGAUGAGUCUUUGUCGUUUGAUCUCUCAUUCUGGACACUUGGACACUUCUGGAGACCGAGAAGUCUCACCACAAGCAAAUCACAUUUCAUCCAGCAAUGACAGAAAAAAAAAAAACCUGUCAUCCUGAAACUUGUGUGUGUGUGUGUGUGUGUGUGUGUGUGUGAAUGCUAAACUGCAGGAUCCCAUUGCAACUACACCAGUGCUUGUUUUCUGCCGAAUAAACAUACUGGAGACUAUAUGGAUGGCACUGAUUGUUAAAGAAAAGCAUGCUGGAAAACCUAAAUUAGAAAUGUAAAUAUGUGUAAACAUUUCAUAUUUUUUAAUCAUACUUUGCUGGGAUAUUGUGGAUGUGCGCUUCAUAUAUAAUUUAAGAGACUGUUGAUAUUUUAUUUAUUUCUUGUUUACUUUAAAGUAUAUGCAUCGCAGCUGUUACAAGCCUCAACAUUUCUAACAGCCUCUUGGAAUGAAAGACUGUAAUCCUGUUUUGAUUUUCUUUGGAACUUUGAAUGUGAAUUAAUUUAUUAUAUUUGCGAAAGACAGCUCCCAUUGUGAAGAGUGCGCUGCCCAUUCAUUGCUGGCAAAAGUCACUGCAGAGUCCUCAAGCUACUUUUUAAAUAAGGCACAGUAACCAAGCAACAUGCUACAAUGUUAUCCCUGAACAGUUGCUCCUCAAAACUGAUGUAAGUACCUUUGUAAUGAAGAAACAAUCAGUCUACCAUCUGCUAACUUCAACUACACCUCUGCCUUUGUCUUCUCCUGUGUCAUUUUCCAGUCAAACUAAAGUCAUGGACUUGAACCAUGACACUCUCCUCUCAAAGAAAGUAAUUGGGUAUGUGCUGGUUAGGUUUGAGUGGAUCUCAUGCUUUAUCAGUCACUCUCUGGCUGAUGAUUAAAUUUGAGUCACUGCAUAA